AUGGAUUCACAAACUCCUCAAUCCGGUUACUACACCAAUCUUAUAACUGAAGAUGAUCUUGGGUUUGAAUGCACAAAUGAAAUCAGUCAACACCAAGAGGCUUCACCCCAAGCUGAGGUUGAACGUACUAUUAAAAAAUCGUGUCGGGGUAGCAACUUCACCAUUGCCGAUGACAAUUUGCUUGUGGAGGCGUGGCUUUAUGUUUCCAUGGAUGCUGUUCAAGGAAAUCAGCAAAAACAUAAGGUUUAUUGGGAAAGAAUUUGUGACUACUUUCACGAACAUAAAGUACUUGGAGCCAACCGUAAUCAGACCUCUUUAAUGAAUCGGUGGUCAACGAUUCAACUUGCAGUAAACAAGUUUUGUGGCUUCUUAGCCCAAAUUGAAAAGAGGUCACAAAGUGGCUUGACUGAGCAAGACAAAAUUGGACAGGCAAGACAAAUGUAUUUAGAUAUUCAAAAAUCACCCUUUCACUUUGAACAUUCGUGGCUUGUUUUGAGGUUUCAUCCAAAAUGGAUGGCUCACAUGGAUAAUGUAAAAUUGAAGAAAAAACCAGUUGUGAUAAAUCUAGGUGAUGAGGAAGCCUCUCACAAAGCUUUUGAAGACAUAGAGCGUCCAAUAGGCCGGAAAGCCGAAAAGGAGAAACGAAAGAGCAAAGAAAAAUCGAAUCCAAGUGUUAUUGAGAUCCUAAGUGACAUAAAUGAAGACAAGAAGAAGAAAAUGAAACUGCUUAAGGAAGCACGUGAGCAAGACAAAGAGAUGUUUCUUCUUAAGCAAGAGGAAGUGCGCCUUAGAGAUGGAGAAUUGCGCCUUAGAGAAAAAGCGCUUUGA